AUGGCGACUGAAGAGAAGCACGCGGUUUAUUCGAUCUCUUUGCAGGAAGCAAAGAGAAAAUGCUCCGAAAAACAUUCUUGUUUCGUGAGAGUUGAAUCAAUAGAACAUGUAGGUCUUAGUCCACGAUAUCUCGGGCAACUAAAGAAAGGAGUGAACGAGGAGUUGACAAAUAAACUGAUGAGAUAUUCUGAUGUUUUGGAAGGUGUCCCUGUUAGCUACGAGGGUUUUCGCAUUCUGCAAAGAAGUGGCUCUAUUCUUGAUGAACUUCCCUUUAUACACUUCGAUGUUAAAGUUAAUUUCAUCGUCUUCAAGCCAACGAUCGGAAGGACACUUGUUGGAGUUGUAAACAAGAUCGGUGUAGAUCACGUGGGAUGUUUGGUUCAUAAUUGUUUUAAUGCUUCAAUCUCGAAAUCUAACUUCAGAAAUGGACUUAUUUAUGACAGUUUGGAUAUUGGGUCUGACUUUAUAUUUAAGGUUAUUGAAAUUGAGGCCGUGAAUGGCGUUUUGUCGAUAACAGGGGAAGUUGAAGAUCAUCGAAAACAUUCAAGGUAAUUAUUAGCCUGCGUCUCAGGAGUGGUAACAGGUCUUUUCUCCCGAAGUUGUUUCCCCCGGACUUAAGUCGAUUCGCCCGAUGUUUAUUUGUCAUUCUUAAAUCCUGGAAAAAGAAAUAAGCAUGAAAAAAGCAGUGACCGUACAUGUGGAUCAACAAAGAUCAACAAAGCAAUCGUUGUGUUACGAUCGCUGAGAUACAUUUAGACUUUAGUUUUAUGUACAGUCUUUAAGUAUCUUGAAUGUAAUUAUCGAGAUGGUAAAGACCUUUCAGAUUGCUGGACCUUUUUAGCAAUCGCAGAAAUAGUACGUGUAUCCAAACUUAACUAAAAAUUAUCUUUUCGUGUUUUAGAGUAUUGUUUGGCAUCAGGUGAAUCGACUUAAACCUGGGUGAAACAACUUCAGGCGAAUCAACUUUCAGGCGAAACGACCACAAUUUGCAGGAGUAAUUUAACUGCGGUUAGUAACCUCUGCAAAACAGUGCUGAUAUCCUUGUUCUGGGCCCUCAACGGACUCAAUGAAUUACCAGAAGUGCAUUUCAAAUUUCCUUUCAUCUUGAUUGGAAAAUCAAUGAUGGCUUUUUUAACGAGGCAACUUUGUGCAUACUCAAAUCCUGGUACGCAGGUGGAGGCCCAGAAAACCAAGGAUUUCUGCUCUAGUUCAGAGAGGGACUUGACCAGAGUUUGUUUCUAUUUGUGACGCAGGUUAGGUAAUGAUAAAACAAAAAAUUAGUUUAAUCAAGUGAGUUUGAUAAAGUAGAUCUCUCACUGUAAAGAUACCGUAAAAUUCCGAAAAUAAGCCCCGGGGCUUAUAUUUUUCAAAGGCCCUUUUUGAGGGGCUUAUAGUCGGAGGGGCUUAUCUACGGAGGGAAAUUUACGUUUCAAAAUCGAUUGUGCUACCCUUAAAGUUGAAAGGAAUUUUACCGUUUUUGCUUCAUUUUACUUUGUAUUUGAGGGCAAUUUCCAAGUACAAGCCCCCGGGGGGCUUAUAUUUGGAGGGGCGAUUUAACGGAGGGUUUUUUUGUGUUACGAGUUUGGGGGGCUUUUAUUUGGAGGGGCUUAUUUUCGGAAUUUUACGGUAUUCCACAGCUGAUGUUUCCAGCACUACCAUCUAUCAGUCUAAUCAAGAGAUCGUGAGUUGAAUGUGGAUGACAAGUUGAAUCAUGUGGCAGUGUUGGUGGGAACAUGGUGAAAUGAAAAACAAGACUAAAUUUAAGUUCACUGAUUGGAGUCGAUGUGACCAGCAAUGUCUGGCUCACCAUCUGGUGGUUCCACAUUCAAUUCCCACUCUGACCACUUGCUGGAAAAUGUUGUUCUUGGUCAUCCCAAGUUGAAAUCCAUAAAUAACCAACAGGUUGCCUCCUGCCAGUUGGGAUUUUUAAUCCCCAAAAUUUUGUAUUUGGAUUGUUUGUUUCAAAUUUUUUUUUGUGUGGAGUGCCUGUAAACUCCUGACUAGGUAGAUAAGAUAAGUGCACUUUCCACUAUGAACAAACUGUAAGCAAUUUUGUUCUAUUCCCUGAGUACUAAAGAUUAGUUAAUUCCCCACAGAAUCAAGAAAUGCUUUUCGUUUAACUAAUAGAUUCUUGUUUUCCAAAGUACCACAUCCUAGCUAAAAGUAUAGAGGGGGAUGAAUCGAGGUAUGCAAAUCCGCUGAUCCGUUAUGAUUUAUUGACCAAAUCUGCCAUUAAAACUUCACCCUGAAUCCAAAAUCCGGGCAAAAAUAUUUUUAUAACACGCAAACUCCAAAAUCCAGGCCUAAAAAAUCGAUGAAUCCGCAAUCUGCUGCAAUUGCAGGAUCCGGAAAUCCGAUAAAAUCUCACUUUGAAUCCGAAAUCCGGGCAAAAAUGUUUUCAAAAUCCGCUGAUCUGUUCGCCUUUUCACCCCCCUCAGUAUAGCAUGAAUGAUAAUUUUGGUGUUUCACUUUGGUCACCUGUGGUUACACCACUUGACAGCUCCCAGUGUAGGUCCCAAGGGACUCUCACUUGUGGGAGACUACAUUGUACAUUGUAGUUGCUUAACCGUGCAUUCAAAUGAUAAAUCAUUUCUCUGUUUAGGAAAAGGAAACGCAAGAAUCAAGAAGAGGACAGAACCAACACACCAGAAAGAACAAAUGAAACACAUUUAGAAAGGAUGAAUGGUAUAAAUGAUCUUGAUGAAAGAACACACUCAAAAUCAACAAAAAAGAAGAAAAAGAAAAAUAAAGUGGUGAUUGAUUUAUCCUAA